AUGGAGCUUCUGAUGGCAGCUGGCCUCGGGGCCAAGGAGCUCUUCACUUACAACCGUGAGAACUUCAAGUUCGAUCAAGAUCAGAGGAUCGAGCGCGAGGCUCUUCGGUUGGAGAUGCAAGUGAAGCGCUUCGAGCUCUUCAGAGAGGACGUGCGCGACUUGGUGGAGCUCACAGUGGACCGCAUGGACGUCUAUCACUUGGUUGGCGCCCUGUUCCUGGAGUUCUGCAUCGUGCUCUUCUGCGAGGGCCGAGUGCAGGCUUCAGCUCCGCCGUUUCUGCUCUCCCUGUUCCUCCUCUCCAACGCCUGCGCCUUCAUCUACCUUCUCUUGGCCGUCUGGCUCAGCAUGCACGCCUCGAUCGCGUCCCAUAGCUUUGGGGUACGCCUGCUCACACGAUUCGUGCGCCUGCCGAUUCCGAGCAUGAAGCAAAUCGCCAAUCUCAGGAGCAACUUGAAAGACUACGAGCGUCAGGGCGUCGCCAACUUGCUACGCCUACCGUUCCAGGACCAGCAGGACUGGCAGCAGGCCGGUGACUUCGAUGAAGCCAAGUCUGGGCCCUCUGAGGAGAAGGCGCCUAAGGCCCCGGAGUCCCUGGGGCCGACGCCACCUCCCACAGCGCCGCCGAAGCAGAAGCGAAGAGACGAGCGCCCCGAGGUUUCAGCGACGACCUUGGGCAAGCCCGUAGAUGCUUCUGGCUCCUCGAGCCUUACCUCAGGGCAGAACCUGCUGCCUGAGAGGGAAGAGACUGUCGUUGGUGGCGAGGAUCUGCUGUCGUGCUCAAGAGGAGCGCAACCAGAACGCCACGUCCAGCUUUUCAGGCAGCUACAGUCUAAAUGGCAGUGUUACGAUGCCUACUGCAGGGUCUGCAUGGGUUUGGGUGUAAAUCAGAUUCUCCAGGGCCUGAGCUACUACUGCAUCUGUCACACGCUGGUGGAGAAUCAUUCGCCGACCACGGGCUAUGCUUUGGUGACGCUCUUCCAGAGCACGACCAUUGCGCUGGCAGUCCUAGAUCUGGCCGGCCUGAGGAGGAGGGAGAUCCUUGCAGUUCAGGUGGUGGGCAUCAUGCCCUGCUUGCUGACAGCCUGGGGAGUCGCACAUGGCCACCGAAUACAGGGCGGUGUCCUGGAUCCUGCGCAGACGUACAUGCUGUCGCCACUGAGCUUCCUCUGCCAGGUGCUUUGGCUGGAGCUUUGGCUACGGGUCGCUGCCCCUCAUGGCGAAGACCAAGCAAAGCUGCCGCGGCGCUUUCGACAGGUGCUGUUCCUCGACGUCUUCGGCGACUCCUCAGGCUGGGACCCGCAGGAGGGGGACAACAACUGCGAGGACGAUAUGAUCGAGGGCGAGAUGUUCAAGCAGUUGGGGGUCAAGGAGGAUAAGGAUGCGGACGAAGAAGCGGAAGAGGCUUUGCUCGCCGCAGCCCAACGGGCGGCCUCACAACUGACAAUGGCUCAGUGUGCGGCUCGGCGGUGGAAUGCCUCGCCAUCCUGGGCGCUCUCGAAGCAACAGGCGAAGGAUCUAGACGCGGUGCGGGACCAGCUGAAGAACUGGGGCAGCACAAUCUACACCGAGCUAGAAAGGUGUUGUCGCCUCAGUGGGAUCCCCGAGGCACUGCGCAACCUGGAGCGGGAUCUCCGUCCAUGGUCCGAGCUUUCUGCUGAAGAGCAGUCUGCAGACCCUUUUGCUGGCUGCCUGGUGGGUCCCUUCGAGCACGAUGACGGGUACAGGACCUCGAUCUAUCAUUUCGAGAUCGAAUCCCAACGAACCCUCUUCGAAGAUGCGGCCCGAGAGUGUCCCGGUGCAUUAGUCCUCUCCUUGCAAGCGAUCCAAGCGAUCAUGAAGGAUCUGGAAGAUGCUGCGCGCAGCCUGCUGGAGCUACGGAUCAUGUCGGACCUGCGGAUCACCAUGCAGCGCCGAAGGCUGCAGAGCGAGCUGAAGGCCAAGAAGUCCAAGCGUGUCGCAGCCCGCAACUCGUCACCCCCGCGGCCUGCUGCUCCAAGAGCCCACGGAGGGCACACACGGGGGCAGUUUCCGAAUCUGGUUGCCCUGUUCAAGACUCGGCUGCAUCAGCGAGUGGAGGAUCGCGAGGCCAACUUGGAGCUGCUGCGCUCUGACUCACCAGCAGAGGCCAGUACUGCCAGCACCGAGGGCUCUGAGCACGCGGCCGAUACGUCAAGCUCACGGGGAGGAAGCGCCGAGCGUGACCCAGGGAGAGACCCCACCCUGGUGGCGAUGGCUGGCGCCAAUGCGCAGCACUUUGUCCCCGAAAAGCUACCUUGGCAGGUGCUCCGCAACAUCACGCGUGUGCUGCAGCUGUGCUGGCUGUGGUCGGGGCUUAUGGCCUUGCUGAAGGAGGUCCACGUCUAUCAGGUGGACUUCCAGCAACAUCCCGCCCAUGAGCGAAGGUUGGAUCAGACAAAGAUCUGGAGCUUUGAAAGCAUGGAGGUGGACUGGCCUCAUGGAAGCUUCUUCCGGGCACAGGGCCUUCUCUGCCCUUCCAAAGGCCCUUUCCACGUGGCGAGCCCCUUUGUCCUCUACGCAGCUGAAGCAGAGGACCGCAAGAUCACGCGACUCGAGGAG